AUGUCAAAUAAAAUAAUCAAUUUAUCUGACGAUGACAGCAGUAGUGCCGACGACCUUCCAGCUAUCACAGAGAAUGGUAGUAAGAAGAAAACCAAUGCAGCGACUGCAAAAGAAGUUAAAAAACAGAACGUGACAGAAGAAAAGGCAGCUAAGAAGAAAAAGAAUGAAAUGAAUAAAAUUUAUAAGCCUGGAGAGUGUAUGAAGUACAUAACUGUGGAAGGUCACCCGACGCUGUGGUCGAACUGGUGGUGCGCGGACGUGAGUCGUGAGGUGACUGCGGCCGGCGCGCGCGUCAUCUCCGCCCCGAAGCUCAUACACAACUCGCUCGUCAUGUGGACCAGGACCAUACCCAGGACUCUAGACCAGGAGAAUGGACAGGUGAAGCUGUCGCCGGUGACAGAGCCGUGCGGGCGCGCGCUGUACGUGUCGAGCGUGGAGGACGUGGCGGAGCAGGUGAGCGGUCGCACGCUGACCGAGCACGUGGGGCAGAUCCGCCAGCUCGUGGACUGCGCGCUCACGCUCGUGCUGUUCGGGGUCAAGGACUUCUUCAAGUCUCCUCGGCGAAAGACAUUAAACAGCAAUCGGACACCGAUAACUGAAAUUGACUUAGAAUUAGCCAUUGCCGAUCUCCUGGUGACUUUACAAUGUGACACCGCAAUAGUGAACACACCGAAUGAACUUGCAUUGUUGAUUGUUCAGCUCACGAAGGCAAUAGCGGAGGCCCCGCACAAGCUGAGCACCCGCGCGUGGGAAGACCAGGCGCAGUUCUACAUGAAAGGGGAGAGCAAGAACUGUAUCGCGAUGGAUAAAGACGGAAUUGCUGUUGGUAAACUCUGGCAGCAGAUCAUAGCAGUCCUGCCACACUCUAGUUUGGAGACGUCGAGAGCUUUGUGUGCCAAGUACAGAACGCCACUUGAAUUAUUCGAGGCUUUACAAUCGUCAGAGAGCGUGGCCGAGAUAGCAGAUAUAGGGGUGUCGCGUGCAGCAGUCCCUGGAUCGAAAGCGAGGCGCGUCGGACCUGAAUUUGCUAGAAAACUAAAGAUAUUAUUUACGGCCGAAGAUGGAAAUGCGAUUGUAGACUGA